GCUCCACAGCCCGGCGGACCAGGGAUGCAGGUCCCCUCGGUCGCCGCCGCAGACAGCGGAGCGCGGAGCGCGGAGAUGGCCGAACGUUCCAAUUCCUUCACACACCCCCGGGGGCCCCAGAGAAUAAAAGUUUUGCGGAUGCCUGGGCAGAGGCAGGGGUACGCAGAGCCCGGCGACGCGGCACGAUCAGUACUGAGCCGCAGGCGGCCGGCUGGGCUCUGCCUGCCGCUCCCCAGGCACCUCCCGGAUCGGCUCGGCUCGGCUUCACUCGCGCGCUCCCUCCUCGCGUCCUGGCUCGCGCGCGCUCCGCCCCGCGCGCGCUCACCCCGCCCCGUCCCGCCCCUUGAGUCGGGACUCAGCACCCGGAGGUGUGCCCACCGAGCUGUCAGAGGCUGAGCAAGUUCCGCGGCCGCUGGUGCGCGCUCGCAGCCCCAGGCGGUCCAGGCCAGCCAAGGGGGAGAAAAGAGGGAGGUCAGCUAUCUAGCUCUUGCGAAUGGUUGUUCCUUCCCCCUGUGCCGGCUCCUAAGACAAGCUAAUACUGACCCUGCUAGUCUUAGCGUUGGUUUUCCAGGAGCUACUCCUGCUCACUGGGAAGCCGAGAGUUGCACGUGAGCGUUCCCCCCUUCGGCGGCAGCACGGUAGUGCGGUCCCCUCUUCGCCAGGCAUAAGGCAAGCGAGAAGGGACGCACUUCUGCCGGCUUGCAAAGCGAUAGGGAGAUUACCCGGCCGCUGGCCGCGGUCUCGGCGUUCAGCAACAGAGGCCUUCCCGGCUCUCUCGAGAGUCGGGGAGCUAGCCUGGGUCUAGCGACCUUCUUCCUCCCGAGAGCAGCAGAAAGGGGGGACUCGAGAGAAUGACCUCUGUUUCCCCAAGGAAGUGCACUCUGACGAUAACCUCGGGAGGGACGAGAAGGGCAGCUCUUUCUGAGAGCGGCCGCCGCCCCUGGAGCAGGGGACUCAGCGGCCACGAAGGCCUUGCCUGCUCGCGACUUUUCCACGGGAAGGCACGAAGCUUCCGAUGGGGGCCUCGGGGCGCUCCUGACUCUUCUACGGGGCGAGGGCUCUGACUCUGCGGUUCAGGUUUGAAGGUCCCUUGGAAGCUCGGAAGUGGUGGUCUCCCUCCACCUCCUCGGUCAUCUCAGGAAGAAGGCUCAGUUUGGGGCGGCAGUCUGGAUGAGCGGAGAGUAGCGGCCCUGGAGAAGAGUGCGGGCUUGUAGGAGCCGAGGAGGAUAACUCGAAAUGUAGGCAGGCGGGUGUUGGUGGGUCUUGAAGGUGGGAAGGCACGAGAAAAGAACAAUGUCCACGUCCGCUUAAAAUACGGAAACAAGUGAGCUUUGAAGGAAAAUACUCAUUUUCAUUACCCCUGUCCAGGAAGAAGAGUGCUGAUCUGCUUCUUCCAGUCCGCUGUGCUGAAGAGCAGAGAGGCUGCUUGAUCCCAACCAAGCCAGUGUCUGUCGCCCAACAAACACUUCUGCCUCGAUGUGAUCCCCAUUCCUUUUCUAAAAAUAAAAAAUAAGAAGUCCUGGAAGGAAAUACACUAAAAUGUUCCCAGUGGUUAAUCAUUAGUACAGUAGUAGAUUAUAUGCCGCUUUCAUUUUCUGCUUUAGACUUUUGUCUGUUUUCCACACUUUUCUAAAGUUUCCACAAAAGCUAUAUAUUUCCACCAUAGGCAGAAAAAAAUGAAAAUGUAAGCAUUUAAAUGGCAUAUACGUUAUAAUCUCAAUAAUAUAAACAUGCGUACAAAAGACAGGAAGGAGAUAAGAACUGCUAACAGUAUGUUAUUUUUCACAACUAGGAUAUAGUCUCCUGUCCUGCUUUACAUUUCAGGUAUUUUCAUCUGAUAAAUCGAGAAAAUAAACAGUUUAAAAUAAAUUCAGUCAUUCUGUCAAGACGUUCCAAAAUGAGAUAAUGAAUUAAAGAGCCUUUAGGAACUAGAAAGAAAAGUAAUGCAUUAGUGUCAUUUUGAAGGUAAAUUUACAAUAUUUCUUACUGUAAAUUAUCAAAUCACUUUUGGGUGCAUUGUCAGUCUUUCUGUACAUGGAUCCGUUUCACUGUGGCAAAGGCAACUUGCAGAUAAGCUGAUAGAAAUUACAGAACUACAAAUCAAACUAGGCCCUGGAGUAGCAAGCAGUAAAAUUCCAAACCCAAAGGCCCAUCCAGUCUGUCCACUACGUUCCUAUAUUGAUGAGAGCAGAACAGACACUCAUUAGAGACAUGACUUCUUCCCCCAUAACUAAGUAAAGAAGAGAGAUCACCAUACUGAUGAUCUCCCUGGAGGUUUCAUAGCAAGGCUUGACUUGAUGAAUUAAUUAACAAAUCUAAAUAUCCUGAAGAUUUGGUGGAAAUAUGCUUUGACAUUUACAUCUAAGUGUUCAUCUGUGAAAAUCAAUAAAAUAUUUUUCCAUGCAGACCC